UUUAAGCUUUAAAGCGUGCCUUGGAGGCGGAGCAUCCACAUUCUACUGUCCAAGGGUAGAUCAUAGUAGCAUAUUCUCAAAAGAAACCAGAACCAACCGAACCUCUCAGUACCUAACUUACUAAUCAUAGUUAAGGUUCGACAUUCGUCAGACAUGAAUCCAGAUAUUCUUAGAGAACGAGGAAACGCUAGUUUCAACACUGAGAUACUCACAAAUAUUUUAGACGGCGGUGCAGAGAAAACUCAAAGGAGGAGAGAGAUCGAGAAUAUGGUGAUCAGCGAUCCGGACUUUCAGCACGAGGACCUCAACUUCCUGUCCAGGAGCGAGCGGUACGAUGCGGCUGUGAAGAAGAGCGCGCAGAUGAUCCUGAAGCUGCGGGAGUACGGCAUCUCAGACCCCGAAGAAAUCUACUGCUACAAGAGCAUCUUUAAAGGGCAUCACCACGAGGCCCUGGGUCUCCACUUCGUCAUGUUCUUGCCCACCUUGUACAGCCAGUGUGACGCGGAGCAGCGGAGGAAGUGGCUCCCUCUGGCCCUCUCCUUCCGGGUCCUGGGCACCUACGCGCAGACUGAAAUGGGUCACGGGACCCACAUCCGCGCUCUGGAGACGACUUCGACCUACGACCCGUCCACCCAGGAGUUCGUCCUGAACAGCCCCACGAUCACCUCCAUCAAGUGGUGGCCGGGAGGACUGGGGAAGACCUCGAACCACGCGGUAGUCCUGGCACAGCUGCACACGCAGGGGCGGUGUCACGGCCUGCAUGCGUUCAUAGUGCCCAUCCGCUGUAUGCGUACCCACAAGCCCCUGCCAGGAGUUGUGGUGGGGGACAUCGGGCCCAAAUUUGGCUUUGACGAGGUGGACAAUGGCUACCUGAAGUUGGAGAACGUGCGAAUUCCUCGGGAUAACAUGCUGAUGAAAUAUGCGAAGGUGGAGCCUGACGGGACCUACGUGAAGCCGCCCAGUGACAAGCUGACCUACGGCACCAUGGUGUUCAUCCGCUCCAUGAUCGUGGGAGAGUCGGCCCGCGCGCUGUCCAAAGCCUGCACCAUCGCCACCCGCUACAGCGCCGUCCGCCACCAGUCCGAGCUGCGGCCGGGUGAGCCUGAGCCCCAGAUCCUGGACUACCAGACGCAGCAGCACAAGCUGCUCCCCCUGCUGGCCACGGCCUACGCCUUCCACUUCGUGGGUCAGUACAUGAACCGCACGUACCAUCGCAUCACCAGCGACAUCAGCCAGGGCGACUUCAGCGAGCUGCCGGAGCUGCACGCCCUGUCGGCGGGCCUGAAGGCCUUCACCACCUGGGCGGCCAGCGCGGGCAUCGAGGUCUGCCGCAUGGCCUGCGGCGGCCACGGCUACUCGCACUGCAGCGCGCUCCCCGCCAUCUACGUCACCUUCACGCCCACCUGCACCUACGAGGGCGAGAACACCGUCAUGAUGCUGCAGACCGCCAGGUUCCUGGUGAAGAGCUACACGCAGGCCAGCGCGGGCCAGCAGCUGAGCGGCAUGGUGUCCUACCUGAACCAGGCCCGGGACAGGCUGCAGGCCCAGCCCGUCUCCGCCCGGCCCACCGUCGUCGACGUCAGCGACCUCGCCAGCCUGGUGGAGGCGUACAAGCAGCGGGCCGCCAGGCUGGUGGGAACCGCGGCCAGGAACCUGCAGGUGGAAAUGCAGCACAGCCAGAGGAAGGAAGACGCCUGGAACAACACCUCCAUCGACCUGGUCCGGGCGUCCGAUGCGCACUGUCAUUAUGUGGUGGUGAAGUUGUUUGCUGCCAAACUCGGGGAGGUGGGAGACACGGCGAUUCACUCCGUGCUCAGUAACCUGGCUCUGCUCUACGCCUUGCAUGGAAUCACCCAGCACUCCGGGGACUUCCUGCAGGCCGGCCUGCUGAGCGUGCCCCAGCUCUCGCUGGUGUCCCAGCGGCUGAAGGAGCUGCUGCGCCAGCUGCGGGCCGACGCCGUGCCGCUGGUGGACGCCUUCGACUACCGCGACGAGAUGCUCGACUCCGUCCUGGGCCGCUAUGACGGAAACGUCUACGAGCACAUGUUCGAGUGGGCCAAGAGGUCCCCCCUCAACCGCACCGAGGUUCACGAGUCCUACCACAAGUACCUGAAGCCCUUGCAGUCCAAGCUGUGAGACGCUGUCUGUCGACUCGCAGGGAUUCUUCCGAUCAUAGCAGUGUACUAAACACGCAAACCGAUACAUGAGCAGGUCUUUAAUCAAAAAAACACUUCCUCCAUUGACCCAUUAAUCAAAAAAGCACUUCCUCCAUUGACCCAUUAAUCAAAAAAUCACUUCCUCCAUUGACCCAUUAAUCAAAAAAGCACUUCCUCCAUUGACCCAUUAAUCAAAAAAGCACUUCCUCCAUUGACCCAUUAAUCAAAAAAGCACUUCCUUCAUUGACCCAUUAAUCAAAAAAGCACUUCCUCCAUUGACCCAUUAAUCAAAAAAGCACUUCCUCCAUUGACCCAUUAAUCAGAGGUUUACCCCUUUUCUUUCUUUUUUUAAACUGAUCUUUCAUUGUUUAGUACAGUGUCUCAACUCUGGUCCUGGCCUCUGCAGGCUCCUGCAGAGCUUGAUGACGACCCAUUCAUUUGAAUCAGGUGCGUUGGAGCAGGGAGACAUCUAAAACAUGCAGGGCAGUGGGUCCCCAGGACCAGGGUUGAGAAACACUGGUUUAGUAGGGACGCACAAUAAUAAUUGAGGGUUAUUUCAGUAUCAGGGCACUAAUGGCUUGAAGGGGAAUUCCACCACAAAACAACAAUUAGCCUCAUUUAACAGAUAAAGGGCGUAACUUAAGUCUGUCCUUGUGGCUGGCCGAAGCGGUCUCUGCAGAGAUAUCGGCAGCGGAAAAAAAGGUGCGAAUUUGGGUGCCUUUCCCAUUUUUAAAGAACCACAAUGGCGGGGAGUUUGAGUUUGGAUGUGCCUCCCCUUGACCUCCCUGAUAUUACACAGGAUUCUAGCAGCCAUGCGUAUGUGACAGCUUGCUGCGGGUCAACUGCAUAAAUCGCAGCAAUUCAAACUACAAUUACAUUUAACCCUGGCAAUUUGCUAGGGUUUCAAUGUAACCCUCGCAAAAUUAUUAUUAUUAUUUUUUUUUUUUUCAGCAAAACUUUAAGCGCGGAAGUAAUCUGAACGGAAUGCCGUAAAACUGGAUUUACCGCUUGGCCUGGAAGCCUUGGAAGGGCUUGUAGCAGUAGUAACGACGCCCUGCCCCCCUACGUUUGUGUUCAGUAGGAGUGGCAGCCUGUGAUUGGCGGUUGUCUGACGCCCUCCCAUUGGCCGAAAGCUCCCGGCCUGCUGUAGUUUCGUAGUAAAGCAGGGGAGCUGGAGCAUGCCCAGUAGCUUGGGGGCUGUGUCUCUGCUCUCUCUGCAGGGAGUGUUGGCUGAAAGCUGUCAGGAGGUCUGCAGCUUUUCCACGAAUAAAAAGAAGAUUCCUAGGCGGAAUUCCCCUUCAAUAUAAACUUACUGGUAUGAGCCAGAUACUGAGUUGCGGCCGAUGGAGAUGGUCCUGACAGCAGUGGACAUGUCCCUGUAUAUCGCAGGUAUUUGUGAUUGUCCCGACAGCAGUGGACAUGUCCCUGUAUAUCGCAGGUGUUUGUGAUUGUCCCGACAGCAGUGGACAUGUCCCUGUAUAUCGCAGGUAUUUGUGAUUGUCCUGACAGCAGUGGACAUGUCCCUGUAUAUCGCAGGUAUUUGUGAUUGUCCCGACAGCAGUGGACAUGUCCCUGUAUAUCGCAGGUGUUUGUGAUUGUCCCGACAGCAGUGGACAUGUCCCUGUAUAUCGCAGGUAUUUGUGAUUGUCCUGACAGCAGUGGACAUGUCCCUGUAUAUCGCAGGUAUUUGUGAUUGUCCCGACAGCAGUGGACAUGUCCCUGUAUAUCGCAGGUGUUUGUGAUUGUCCUGACAGCAGUGGACAUGUCCCUGUAUACCGCAGGUGUCAGGCAUAUACAGAAAAACAUUUCGGCCUGUCUUUCCCCCCUCAUUUCUUCUCGGUGUGUAACUGCCCUAUUUGUGCUGCUUUCAAAUAUUUUUCUUGGAUUGAUUUAUUUGUAAUUAUCUUCAUAAUUGGUCAAUAUUUUCUCCACUUCUGGUUAACUGAGGAUGAGUGUACGUAAGAGACGAAGAACACAAUGGAGUAACCGAAAGUGUAAGAAAUGUUUACCAUUUCUUUUUUUGACCGAUAAUGAAACCGGUACAUCCAAUCCAUUUAAUACUUCCUUAAAAGUCCUUUGCGAUGUAGUUUUGGAGCACUGCAGAUUUUUGCUUGUAGUGCAUAUUAGUGCAGUAGAAUGUUAGUAAUGAUGAUUAUUCUGUUUGAUGCAUUGAUUUAGGUGUUGAUUUUAAUUUAUUGUAAGUGUGUGGAGAUGUGUAGAAAUGAAAGCUGUGCCUUGAAUGUAGAAUAGCAUUAAACAUGUAAAAGUGUAAUGCAGAAGCAAGUUUGCACAACGUGUGUUGUCACUGGGUUGCAGCACACAGAGAAAUUGGACCAUCGCUUUGUGAGACCUUAAUGUGUAUAAAAUGUAAAGAAAAAAAAAAGAUUAAUUAUGGCGAAUGACUUGUACACUGUGGAAAAUGAUAUAUUGGGAUCCACAAGAUUAGAUAAAUUUGGCUUUUUCAGUCUGAGACCAGACUGGAUAAAUCAAACCUGUCUGUAGAGAUUAUAGAACGAAAUGAUUGCAAAUUGAUACACACCCCCAAGCAUGUUAAUCAUUGUUAUAUGCAAGACAAGAAUCUGGUAAAAUUUUCUUUUAGAGGUUCUUUUUUUAAACAUGGGUGAUUCAGUCGGUAGCUGGAGUAGACCAACCAGCCGUUUGGAAAUAUUAGUGUUGUAUGCACAAAGAGAAAAUGUAGGCUAUUUCCUUUAUGGAAAGUGAUGAACAGAUUAAUGUCUGCCUCAUCCACGGUUUUACUGAAUCAAAGGAACAUUGGCCACGUUCCUAGCGAGGAGCUGUCAUUCUUUGUGAGAGAUUCUGCUGAUCAGUAGUCGUUCUUCGGCAUGGAUUCUCACUAUUCCGAUGUGCCUGUCUGUCUGUUCUCCGUUUUUGUUCAAGAUAAAUCUCCUUUUUUGUUUUGUACAAGAAUAAUAGCUUUAAUUGUGUAAAGCUGAAAUAAAGAUUGAUUAUAUUAUGAAGUGCACAUACUUUUAACCCUUGUACCCCAGCCAUGUCACAUUAACUGCUUAUUAAUAAAGGAAAAAUGACUAUUUUGACCAUGAA